UCCCCACGCCACGAGAUACCUUGUAGUGCGAAAAUAUUCGCAAGUACAGGUGUUACUAACGGUGCCGCGGAUAUUCGCUAAUCCCGAGUGCGCAAAUAAUCGUUCAUUUACUAAGCAAGAGAGUGAAUACUGAAUAACCCCAAGAUGAGUAAUUUUCUAUUUGAUUCUGAGACUAAUGUUGUUCCCAGGUCAACACAGUUACCAACUCAACCUAUAGAUGCUAUAUUCGAGGGAACACAGGCCCCUGAAGAGGAUAAAUGGAGAAAUAUACUGCUCCCCCCUGGAGCUGAUGGAGCUACAGGGUUGAGUAAGGAUGCUAUGCCUCUGGACCUUGGAACCUUGCUCAAGGUUCUGGAUGAACACAACAAGGACGGAGAGAAGCCUGCUGACUAUUCAACCUGGCAGCUGGUUAUGGUUCAAGGUUUGCUGCUCUCAGCUCUAGUAAUAGUAUCAGUUGGCUGGGCCUGCUGCUGUAAAAAAAGAUGCUUCCAAGCAGCUCCAACCACAGUUCAGGAAGCUUUUAGGAAGUUGUCGAACACCAGUACAAAAUCUCGAGAUUUCCCUCCUUCAUACAGCCAGGCUGACCUUCAUACACUAGCCAUGUCAGUUCAUGACUACCUCUACCCUCCACCUCAAUAUCCAGAUCUACAUAGUAGGAAAGGUUCAGGUGACCUUGAUUACUUGGAUCUUGAAGCCGGUCACACCAGGCUGGCCAGGCUCAGCUUCAGCGGCCAAUCUCCACAGCUCCUCGCCGGACUCCCCAGACUGUAUGGACAGCGUUCCUCUGUAUCUUCUUUAUCUACAGAUUCAAGGAAGAGUUCAUGCAGCCAGGAUUCUCUAAGUAGCGGGAGCAGGAAGAACUCUAUCAUGAAGGAUCCAAACUCUAGAAGAUCUUCAACAAGCCAGGAUUCAAGAAAGAGUUCACGGAUUUCCUUCUCCGAGUCUGUGGAGUGCUCUAACGGUCAAACCCGGAGAUUAUCCGGGACGCAGAACCCGGAUCCCUCCAGGCGGAGUUCAUCCUCUUCGGUCAGCAGUGACGGGAGCAGAAAGUCGUCUUCCUCCUCACUCUCCAGGAAAAAUGGUCUCAGCCACGAAUACUUAAACGAAGAGUUAAUGAAGAAGUUGGAAAGAAUAGAACUAGAAGAUUCAUUAGACACUACAAGUAGUAGCUUGGAGACAGUAGUAGAACUAGAGGAUGAGAAACCUGAACCUAGUUUAGAAACAGUCGUAGAGAUCGAGGUGGAGAACACCGAACCCGAACCUUCUCAAUCAAAACCUGCUCAAUCAAAUCCAAUCUUAUUUUUAUAAUUUUAAAAGUGUAUUUUAUUUUAUUUAUAUAUUUAUCGUUUUUUUCAAAGAAAA